GGGACAAAACGUCAAACUUAGCGUGAAAUCCGCUGAGGAAAAAAGAUAACGCAAUCAUAUAAUCACUCUGCAAACGAGAGAGCUGCGACUUGGACCCAAAAGCUUAGCCGCAGUCCCGCUCGUGUGAAUAGGCGCAGGUACAUCCCGCUUCCGAUAGUUUGAAAACUUUCACCGGUGAGGAGCUUAUUACCCAGGAUUAGAAAGUAGAGGGGACCAGCAGGUACCCCUGGAACGCCAGCUAUGGCGUGGAUUACCAAUCGUUUAUCACAUAUUGCCAUCUUUGGACUUAUUUUCUCGAGUUUUGUUGCCCAUGGUUUACCUGUCAUUGAUGGGUCGGAUGAUAUCUUAUGGCAAGCAAAUGGCGAUGAUCCAAGAUGGCGUCUUCAAGGAGGAUCACGUGAUGUUUUCUAUCCAAUCAUAAAAAACAACACAGAAUAUGCACCGAACCAAGAAGUAUCGCAUUUGAAAGUAGAAUUCAAGGCCUGGGAUCAUCAUUUUACACUGGAUUUGGAACAAAACAGACAUCAUGCAGUUUGGGGAGCUAAAGAAAUAUUGGUCGCAUCGCAACAGAUCAUCGGUUCAAGGCCAAUCCCAGCAGAGUGUCAUUAUGAAGGUUUCGUUGAAGAGAUACCAGGAUCGUUUGUGUCUAUCGAUGUCUGCAAUGGACUAAGAGGUCUAAUACUUUCUGGGACUGAAACACUUGUAAUUGAACCGCUGCAUCCUCACGAACACGAGCUUCUUGGUGAUCACGUAAUUGCUAACAAUGGUAUGAAGAGCGAAUGGAGGGGUUUAUAUACCACAUCAAGAUCACAUCAUCACAGAAGGGUCCGACGAGAUGUUACUGAUGAAAUGAAAUACAUCACAGCUGAUAUCCUUGUUUCCCAAAGCUUUAACGAUAGGUACAGCAGCAGCACUGUAGGAUCUUCAAACAAAGCAAGAAACAUAGCGAGCCUCGCGAAUCACUUCCUCGACCCUUUAAAAGUCGAUCUGAUCAUUCGUAACGUUGUGGUCUUUGUGGACGAGGAUCCAAUCGAGUAUACAUCGAACUUGCACAUGAUGCUAGCCGACUUAGAGAAUUACGUCAGAAAUACGUCAUCUUACGAAGACAUGAACACGCCCCCCGCAGAACUAGCCGACAUCACGGAGUAUCUAACAGCUGUGGAGGAACCCGUAUCAGCGACUGACCGAAACAGCUUCUCCUUCGGUGCGGCAACACUAGGCACCAUGUGCACUCCACGAGCCGUGGGCCUCGUCAAGGAUGUUGGAUAUGAUUUCGUGAUACAAUCGGCUGCAAUGCUGGCUCGGAAUGUCGCGAGGAACAUUGGACUCUUGAAUGAGGAUUACUAUGAAAAGAAAGAUGGUGUUGCCUGUUCUUGCGGUAAUAGCCAAUGUGUCAUGAACCUAAACACUUCGGUAUGGCUGGAUGCUGCCCCGGUCGUCUUCGCACAAUGCACCAUUACCGAGUACGAGAAUAUUCUACAAGCGGGUGGGCUCCAGUGCCUCUAUGAUCGACCUCCAACCAUGAGUUCCGGCUGUGGGAACGGUUAUGUUGAUGAAGGCGAAGAUUGUGACUGUGGACGUGAGGAUUGUUCAUGCUGUGAUAAGUCAUGUCGAUUUACUGAGGGUAGUGAGUGCCAAGGCGGAGAGUGUUGCGACCAGUGCAAGUUGAUGACCAGUGGUGUAAUUUGCCGUGAAGCCAGUGGAGAGUGUGACUUGGUCGAUAGGUGUGAUGGUGUUUCGGGAAAGUGCCCGGUUGACGAUUAUGUCCAUGACGGAACAACAUGUGGAAAUGGAAAAGGCUAUUGCUACCAAGGUCGUUGUCCGACUCUAGAUGGACAGUGCCAGAAUUCAAUGGGAAACGAUGCAGCAGCGGCUGAAACAGAUUGUUACCAGGGCAACACACAGGGAGAGAAGCCAUCCGGUCGGUGUGGUAUCGAAACGAUUUCUCUGACGGCAGGCGCUUACAGCGUAACUUAUGCGCCUUGUGCUUCCGAGGACGCAUUAUGUGGAGCUCUCAAAUGCGCGAAUGCAGCUCAACUAGACGGGGUCGGGUUCGAGACGCUUGACGAGACUUCGGAUGGCUCCUGCUCAGCCUUGUGGGUGUCAGAUUAUGCUCUUUUAGACUUCAGCGGUCUCGGAGAUGUUAUUGACGGAACGAAAUGUAGCGAAGGACAGGUGUGCUUGGACUACAGCUGUACAGCAAUCGAGGACGUUUAUUCAUUGGACAAUUGCCCGACUGCUACACCGGGUAUACCGUGCUCAGGAAACGGGAAAUGCACCAACUCUUUGACCUGCAUAUGCGAUGGAGACUGGACAGGAACUACCUGCGAUAUACCACUCAUCACUCUAUCCAUCGCGGUAACCGACUCUCUUGACAGCGAGCUGUAUGCGGCGAUGGUAUUGGUGGUGUCGGGCAACGAGAGCUACCAGUUUUCAACCCCAGGCGACUCGGGCUCCGUGACAGUGGCAGUUCCGCUGUCAUCCACUGAGCGCCUCGGUGUUAUUGUUACCAAACUUGGAUAUGCUGCCAGCGGUUUCCAGUGGGAAUUGGCAGAUAAUAGAACCUCUUCUGUUCAGCUGGGUAUUCUGGUAAAUGGCUCUUUGGACCGUGCUGUUGAUCAGAAUGGACAGGAGACAGGAUUCCUUGUUUUGGAGAUACAAGAUGGAGGCUCCAUCGAGGUCCCUGCCUCUGAAGAACAGUCUAUUUCUGAUUCACUUCCUGGCUAUCUAGUCGUCCAAGGCCAGUCUUCACUUUUACCAGAGACCGUCUUCGAGAAUGUUAACGGCACCCUGGUAGUCAUUGAACCAUACGUAGCAGUAGAGUUUUCUCUAAUCAAUGACACGUAUGAGGAGGUCAAAGGUCUGGAGAAUGUGACUUUCAGAGUUCCUGUCAAAGAGGAUUCCCCACUGUCAAAGGGUGAUGUCUUGCCCGCGUUCUACUUUGACGAAAACACUGGUCAUUGGAUGCAGAAUGGAGACUGGAUGGUAAUAGUUGGAGAUGACAGUUCUACAUUGUUAUUGGAACUCACAGCUCCAAGAAUAGAUUCAUGGGUGUUAGCUGAAGCCAUAGAGGUGGUAACUGCAACAACUGUUAGUGGAACAGAGGCAACACCUACAAAUGGAACAGAGGCAACAUCUACAAAUGGAACAGUGGCAACACCUACAAAUGCAACAGUGGCAACACCUACAAAUGCAACAGAGCCAACAUCUACAAAUGGAACAGUGGCAACACCUACAAAUGCAACAGUGGCAACACCUACAAAUGCAACAACUUCAACACCUGUUAAUGUCACAGAUUCAGUUUCUACCACACCUCCCCCACCACCUCCACCAACAGGAAAUGCUACCACAGUUACCACAACGCCUUCAACUGUAAUCAUAACCACUCCAACACCUGUAAAUGGAACAGAUUCAACCACUGUGAAUGCAACUGAAUCAACACCUCUUAAUGCCACAGAUUCAACUCCUGUGAAUGCCACAACAACAACAGCAAGCACAGACUUUCCCACUGACAACAAUGUCACAGAUUCCAUUGCUACGUCCACUGAUCCUUUGCCUGCAACAGAGACCCUAGAGAUUCAAGCAGCUUUGACAGUCGCUGUUUUCUCCUCUAGUGGAUCCCCGGUUGUUGACACAACCAUUCUUGUUUACAACAACAACCAAACCACCUUUCUCAGUACCGGUCCAGAUUCCAACGUGGUGCAGAUCGAUGAGACAAUCCUGCGAGAGGAAUGGCUUGGGGUUGUUGCCACCAAGCAAGGCUAUGCUACCAAUGGAUUUGUAUGGCAAAGUGGUGAUGCUACAAAUCGCUCAUUGGAACUUAUAGAAUGGACAAACGUUGAACAAUUACCCGGCACACUAAUUGAUGGAAUUUUUCGAAUAUCCUUUGAGGCAAAAAAUGGAGCCACUGUAAGUUUUAUCCCUGAUUUGGGCCAAAACCCGGGAAGUCUUGGUUAUGCUACAAGCGAUGGACCUGCAUCCUACCUCCCUCAAGGUGUGACAGAGGAUGGCUACGGUAACAUCGUGCCAAUCGAUCCAUUGGCAGCCAUGGAUUUUGCCCUUCUGCAGAGAGGAGCCAGGGAAGAGAUUGAUUUACAGGAUGUGGUCUUUACCCUACCCAUCUCUUCUGAUAGUGAAUUCAGGGAAGGAGAUAACAUUACGGCUUACCUGUACAAUGAGGAGACAGGUUUAUGGAUAGAGGAUGGUCAAGGAGAGGUCAUCCUGGAUGAUGGCUCAAAUCUUUUCUGGAGAUACACUGCAGAAAUGCCAUCUUCAUGGCUUAUGGCUGCCACAACACCACCACCAUCAACUUCAACAGCAUCAGCCACAACAGAUGGAACAGUGGCAACACCUACAAAUGCAACAGUGGCAACAGCUACAAAUGCAACAACUUCAACACCUGUUAAUGUCACAAAUUCAGUUUCUACCACACCUCCCCCACCACCUCCACCAACAGGAAAUGCUACCACAGUUGCCACAACGCCUUCAACUGUAAUCAUAACCACUCCAACACCUGUAAAUGGAACAGAUUCAACCACUGUGAAUGCAACUGAAUCAACACCUCUUAAUGCCACAGAUUCAACUCCUGUGAAUGCCACAACAACAACAGCAAGCACAGACUUUCCCACUGACAACAAUGUCACAGAUUCCAUUGCUACGUCCACUGAUCCUUUGCCUGCAACAGAGACCCUAGAGAUUCAAGCAGCUUUGACAGUCGCUGUUUUCUCCUCUAGUGGAUCCCCGGUUGUUGACACAACCAUUCUUGUUUACAACAACAACCAAACCACCUUUCUCAGUACCGGUCGAGAUUCCAACGUGGUGCAGAUCGAUGAGACAAUCCUGCGAGAGGAAUGGCUUGGGGUUGUUGCCACCAAGCAAGGCUAUGCUACCAAUGGAUUUGUAUGGCAAAGUGGUGAUGCUACAAAUCGCUCAUUGGAACUUAUAGAAUGGACAAACUAUGAUGACAUUUCAAUUUCUGAUAAUGAUGCAAUAGUCAAGGUGUUGUUUGCAGCAGAAAAUGGAGCUACUGUAGGCUUUAGCGCCAACGUCUUGCCAGUCCCACAGAGUGUUGGUUAUGCUACAAGCGAUGGACCUGCAUCUUACCUCCCUCAGGGUUUGACAGAGGAUGGCUAUGGUGACAUCGUGCCAAUCGAUCCAUUGGCAGCCAUGGACUUGGCUCUUCUGCAGAUUGGAGGCAGCGAAGAGAUUGACUUACAGAAUGUGGUCUUUACCCUACCCAUCUCUUCCGAUAGUGGAUUCAGCAAAGGGGAUAACAUUACGGCUUACCAGUACGAUGAGGAGACAGGUUUAUGGAUAGAGGAUGGUCAAGGAGAGGUCAUCCUGGAUGGUGUCUCGAAUCUUGUCUGGAAAUACACUGCAGAGAUGCCAUCUUCAUGGCUUAUGGCUGCCACAAUAACGCUACCACCACCAGCUACAACAACAGCAGCUACAACAGCAACACCUGUGAAUGGAACAACUUCAACACCUGUUAAUGUCACAGAUACAGUUUCUAUCACACCUCCCCCACCACCUCCACCAACACCACCACCGCCACCUCCUCCCACCAGAAAUGCCACCACAGUUGCCACAACGCCUUCAACUGUAAUCAUAACCACUCCAACACCUGUGAAUGGAACAACUUCAACACCUAUGAAUGGAACAGAUUCAGCUCCUGUUAAUGCAACAGAUUCGUCGCCUAUGAAUGCCACAGAUUCAACGGCUUUUAAUGCCACAGAUGCAACACCUGUGAAUGCCACAGAUUCGACUCCUGUGAAUGCAACAGAUUCAAUGCCUAUGAAUGCCACUGAUUCAACACCUAUGAAUGCCACUGAUUCAACACCUGUGAAUGCCACAGAUUCUACACCUGGUAACGCCACUGAUACAACGCCUAUGAAUGCCACAGAUUCAACACCUGUUAAUGCCACCGAUUCUACACCUGUUAAUGCCACUGAUUCAACACCUGUGAAUGCCACAGAUUCUACACCUGUUAACGCCACUGAGUCAACAACUGUUAAUGCCACUGAUUCAACACCUGUAAAUGCCACAGAUUCAACACCUUUGAACGCCACUGAUUCAACACCUGUGAAUGCCACAGAUGCGACUGCUGUGAAUGCCACAGAUUCAAUGCCUAUGAAUGCCACAGAUUCAACGCCUAUAAAUCUCACUGAUUCAACACCUGUGAAUGUCACAGAUUCUACACCUGCUAACGCCACUGAUUCAACACCUGUGAAUGCCACCGAUUCUUCACCUGUUAAUGCCACUGAUUCAACACCCUUGAACGCCACAGAUUCAACACCUUUAAAUGCCACGGAUGCGACUCCUGUGAAUGCCACAGAUUCAACGCCUAUGAAUGCCACAGAUUCAACACCUGUGAAUGCCACAGAUUUGGGUCCUGUGAAUGCAACAGAUUCAAUGCCUACGAAUGCCACUGAUUCAAUACCUGUGAAUGCCACAGAUACCUCACCUGUUAACGCCACCGAUUCAACACCUGUGAAUGCCACAGAUUCAACACCUUUGAACGCCACAGAUGCAACACCUGUGAAUGCCACAGAUUCAACUCCUGUGAAUGCAACAGAUUCAAUGCCUAUGAACGCCACGGAUGCGACUCCUGUGAAUGCCACAGAUUCAAUGCCUGUGAAUGCCACUGAUUCAACACCUGUCAAUGCCACUGAUUCAACACCUGUCAAUGCCACUGAUUCAACACCUGUCAAUGCCACAGAUUCAACCCCUUUGAACGCCACAGAUUCAACACCUGUGAAUGCCACAGAUUCAACUCCAGUGAAUGCCACUGAUUCAACACCUGUGAAUUCCACAGACUAUACACCUGUUAACGCCACUGAUUCAACACCUGUGAAUGCCACUGAUUCAACACCUUUGAACGCCACAGAUUCAAUACCUUUGAACGCAACAAAUGCAACGUCUGUGAACGCCACAGAUUCAACACCUGUGAAUGCCACAGAUACUACACCUGUUAAUGCCACCGAUUCAACACCUGUGAAUGCCACAGAUUCAACUCCUGUGAAUGCAACAGAUUCACUGCCUAUGAACGCCACGGAUGCGUCUCCUGUGAAUGCAACAGAUUCAAUGCCUGUGAAUGCCACAGAUUCAACGUCUAUAAAUGCCACUGAUUCAACACCUGUCAAUGCCACUGAUUCAACACCUGUGAAUGCCACAGAUUCUACACAUGUUAACGCCACUGAUUCGACAAAUGUGAAUGCCACAGAUUCAACACCUUUGAAUGCAACAGAUUCAAUGCCUAUGAACGACACGGAUGCGACUCCUGUGAAUGCAACAGAUUCAAUGCCUGUGAAUGCCACAGAUUCAACGUCUAUAAAUGCCACCGAUUCAACACCUGUCAAUGCCACUGAUUCAACACCUUUGAACGCCACAGAUGCAACACCUGUGAAUGCCACAGAUUCAACUCCUGUGAAUGCAACAGAUUCAAUGCCUAUGAACGCCACGGAUGCGACUCCUGUGAAUGCCACAGAUUCAAUGCCUGUGAAUGCCACUGAUUCAACACCUGUCAAUGCCACUGAUUCAACACCUGUCAAUGCCACUGAUUCAACACCUGUCAAUGCCACAGAUUCAACCCCUUUGAACGCCACAGAUUCAACACCUGUGAAUGCCACAGAUUCAACUCCAGUGAAUGCCACUGAUUCAACACCUGUGAAUUCCACAGACUAUACACCUGUUAACGCCACUGAUUCAACACCUGUGAAUGCCACUGAUUCAACACCUUUGAACGCCACAGAUUCAAUACCUUUGAACGCAACAAAUGCAACGUCUGUGAACGCCACAGAUUCAACACCUGUGAAUGCCACAGAUACUACACCUGUUAAUGCCACCGAUUCAACACCUGUGAAUGCCACAGAUUCAACUCCUGUGAAUGCAACAGAUUCACUGCCUAUGAACGCCACGGAUGCGUCUCCUGUGAAUGCAACAGAUUCAAUGCCUGUGAAUGCCACAGAUUCAACGUCUAUUAAUGCCACUGAUUCAACACCUGUCAAUGCCACUGAUUCAACACCUGUGAAUGCCACAGAUUCUACACCUGUUAACGCCACUGAUUCGACAAAUGUGAAUGCCACAGAUUCAACACCUUUGAAUGCAACAGAUUCAAUGCCUAUGAACGACACGGAUGCGACUCCUGUGAAUGCAACAGAUUCAAUGCCUGUGAAUGCCACAGAUUCAACGUCUAUAAAUGCCACCGAUUCAACACCUGUCAAUGCCACUGAUUCAACACCUGUCAUUGCCACUGAUUCAACACCAGCCAAUGAAACAGAUUCAACACCAAUGAAGGGAACAGAUGCAACACCUGUGAAUGUCACGGAUUCAUCACCUGUGAAUGCCACAGAUUCAAUGCCUGUGAAUGCCACAGAUUCGACUCCUGUGAAUGCAACUGAUUCAACACCUCUGAAUGCCACAGAUUCUACACCUGUUAACACCACUGAUUCAACACCUGUGAAUGCCACAGUUUCAACACCUUUGAACGCCACGGAUGCAAUACCUGUGAAUGCCACAGAUUCGACUCCUGUGAAUGCCACAGAUUCUACACCUGUUAAUGCCACUGAUUCAACCCCUGUGAAUGCCACUGAUUCAACACCUUUGAACGCCACAGAUGCAACACCUGUUAAUUACACAGAUUCGAGUCCUGUGAAUGCAACAGAUUCAAUGCCUAUGAAUGCCACUGAUUCAACACCUGUGAAUGCCACAGAUUCUACACCUGUUAACGCCACUGAUUCAACAAAUAUGAAUGCCACUGAUUCAACCCCUUUGAACGCCACAGAUUCAACCCCUGUGAAUGCCACUGAAUCAACACCCUUGAACGCCACAGAUGCAACACCUGUGAAUUCCACAGAUUCGACUCCUGUGAAUGCAACAGAUGCAACACCUUUGAACGCCACAGAUUCAACACCUGUGAAUGCCACAGUUCCAACUCCUGUGAAUGCCACUGAUUCAACACCUGUGAAUGCCACAGAUUAUACACCUGUUAACGCCACUGAUUCAACACCUGUGAAUGCCACUGAUUCAACACUUUUGAACGCCACAGAUUCAACACCUUUGAACGCCACAGAUGCAACGUCUGUGAAUGCCACAGAUACAAAACCUGUAAAUGCCACUGAUUCAACACCAGCCAAUGAAACAGAUUCAACACCAAUGAAUGGAACAGAUGCAACACCUGUGAAUGUCACAGAUUCUACACCUGUUAACGCCACUGAUUCAACAUAUGUAAAUGCCACAGAUUCAACCCCUUUGAACGCCACAGAUUCAACCCCUGUGAAUGCCACAGAUUCUACACCUGUUAACACCACUGAUUCAACACCUGUAAAUGCCACAGAUUCAACCCCUUUGAACGGCACAGAUUCAACCCCUGUGAAUGCCACAGAUUCUACACCUGUUAACACCACUGAUUCAACACCUGUAAAUGCCACAGAUUCAACACCUUUGAACGCCACAGAUGCAACACCUGUGAAUGCCACAGAUUCGACUCCUGUGAAUGCCACCGAUUCUACACCUGUUAACGCCACUGAUUCAACCCCUGUGAAUACCACUGAUUCAACACCUUUGAACGCCACAGAUGCAACACCUGUUAAUUCCACAGAUUUGACUCCUGUGAAUGCAACAGAUUCAAUGCCUAUGAAUGCCACUGAUUCAACGCCUGUGAAUGCCACAGAUUCUACACUUGUUAACACCACUGAUUCAACAAAUGUGAAUGCCACUGAUUCAACACCCUUGAACGCCACAGAUGCAACACCUGUUAAUUCCACAGAUUCGACUCCUGUGAAUGCAACAGAUUCAAUACCUAUGAAUGCCACUGAUUCAACUCCUAUGAAUGCCACAGAUUUGACUCCUGUGAAUGCAACAGAUGCGACACCUGUGAAUGCCACAGAUUCGACUCCUGUGAAUGCAACAGAUUCAAUGCCUAUGAGUGCAACUGAUUCAACACCUAUGAAUGCCACUGAUUCAACACCUGUGAAUGCCACAGAUUCAACACCUGUGAAUGCCACAGAUUCAACUCCUGCGAAUGCAACAGAUUCAAUGCCUAUGAAUGCCACUGAUUCAACACCUGUGAAUGUUACUGAUUCUACACCCACUAACGCCACUGAUUCAACACCUGUGAAUGCCACUGAUUCAACGCCUUUGAAUGCCACAGAUUCAGCUCCUGUGAAUGCCACAGAUUCAACACCAGCAGAUGCCACAGAUUCAACACCUGUGAAUGCCACAGAUUCAACGCCUAUGAAUGCCACUGAUUCUACACCUGUUAACGCCACAGAUUCAACACCUGUGAAUGCCACAGAUUCAACGCCUAUGAAUGCCACUGAUUCUACACCUGUUAACGCCACAGAUUCAGCACCUGUGAAUGCCACAGAUUCAACUCCAGCUACUGCCACAGAUUCAUCACCUGUGAAUGCCACAGAUUCAUCACCUGUGAAUGCCACAGAUUCAACACCUGUGAAUGCCACAGAUUCAACGCCUAUGAAUGCCACUGAUUCAACACCUGUGAAUGCCACAGAUUCAUCACCUGUGAAUGCCACAGAUUCAACUCCAGCUAAUGUCACAGAUUCAUCACCUGUGAAUGCCACAGAUUCAUCACCUGUGAAUGCCACAGAUUCAACUCCAGCUAAUGCCACAGAUUCAUCACCUGUGAAUGCUACAGAUUCAUCACCUGUGAAUGCCACAGAUUCCACCCCUUUAAAUGCCACAGAUUCAACACCUGUGAAUGGAACAGAAUCAAUACCUGUGAAUGGAACAGAUGCAACACCUGUGAAUGGAACAGAUCCAAUGCCUGUAAAUGCCACAGAUUCCACCCCUUUAAAUGCCACAGAUUCUACACCUUUGAAUGCCACAGAUGCAACACCUGUUAAUGGAACUGAUUCAACAACGACGAAUGGCACUUAUUCAACUCCUUCAGCAGGAAACACUACCACCACUGGUACAUUACCUCCAAUCACAAAUUUGACAACAACCUUAGCUCCCACCACUAUUAACUUUAUUGCUGCAGAUCUUAUGCUAUCAAUCUUUGACAACAAUAACACACCCCUCAUUGACAGCAACUUGCUGGUCGUUGAAGGGGACAACAUACUUGCUGAAGUGAGUACUGGGAAUGAAUCUACAUUUGAGAUGGAGUUCAACCUUCCUGCAGAUGGUUAUCUUGGAGUAAUCAUCACCAAAGAUGGGUAUGCUUCUAAUGGCUUCCUCUGGCAGUAUGGAGAAGAAACAAAUCGCACUGUGUAUCUCAUGGAAUUGCAGACUGGAGAUCUUGUCAGUAGUAACAGUGUUUUUACAACACCUUUGGCAGAUCCUGGAAUCCGCCUCGUAGGUGGAAACUUGGUUAACGAGGGUCGUGUGGAGCUCUUUUACGAUGGAGCCUGGGGAACCGUCUGUGAUGACAACUGGGGCAUAGAGGACGCCCAAGUUGCCUGCAGGAGUCUCGGUUAUGCAGGAGCGGUAGGUGCACCGGGCAUUGCUGCCUUUGGCAAAGGUUCUGGACGUAUACUCCUGGAUAAUUUGAUGUGUUUUGGAAAUGAAUCAAGCCUGUUUGACUGCCCUCAUCUAGGCAUCGGGCAGAGCAAUUGUGAUCAUAGCGCAGAUGCUGGAGUGAGAUGUUCAUCAGAUGCUCUGGUGUCAGCUAAUUUCUCAUCCGCUAACCUACCUGCUGAUGUAUCUUCUGCCUAUACACUGGCAUCUGGUGGUUCUCGGACAGUCCCUCAACUUGUUACCAUAGACGAGAACGGUGAAAGACAUGACAUCCUCCAACGGGUAGCGGUGUAUUUUUCUGUGUUGGAUAGCUCUGGAAUGGAAGUAGGUGGCAUUGGUGAUGUUCAAUUCAAUCUUCCCAUUGACAAUAGAGAUGGUUUGGAAGACGGCGACAUACUCACUGCGUUUUACUUCAAUGGAAGCACAGGCCUGUGGACCGAAGGUGGCGUUGGUGUAGUUUCCACGGAUGACUCCUCCUCCAAGCUGAUCUGGAAUUUUGUGGCACCAUUUACGGCAUCAUGGUGGGCAGCUGGGGAGGUGUUGCCUCUUAUGUCUGCUAUAUCCACAGAUUCCCCAUCUGUAAAUGCAACAGAUUCAACAUCAGUAAAUGCCACAGAUUCAACACCUGUUAAUGCCACAGCUACAACACCUGUGAAUGCCACAGAUUCAACAUCAGUGAAUGCCACAGAUUCAACACCUGUAAAUGCAACAGAUUCAACACCUGUUAAUGCAACAGAUUCAACACCAGUAAAUGCCACAGAUUCAACACCUGUUAAUGCCACAGCUACAACACCUGUGAAUGCCACAGAUUCAACAUCAGUGAAUGACACAGAUUCAACACCUGUAAAUGCAACAGAUUCAACAUCUGUUAAUGCAACAGAUUCAACACCAGCCAAUGAAACAGAUUCAACACCUGUUAAUGCCACAGCUACAACACCUGUGAAUGCCACAGAUUCAACACCUAUGAAUGCUACAGAUUCGACUCCUGUAAAUGCCACAGAUUCAAACCCUGUUAAUGCAACAGAUUCAACACCUGUAAAUGCAACAGAUUCAACACCAGCCAAUGAAACAGAUUCAACACCUGUUAAUGCCACAGAUUCAACAUCAGUGAAUGCCACAGAUUCAACACCUGUGAAUGCCACAGAUUCAACACCUGUGAAUGCCACAGAUCCAACACCUGUAAAUGCCACAGAUUCAACACCUGUGAAUGCCACAGAUUCAACAUCAGUGAAUGCUACAGAUGCAACACCAGCCAAUGAAACAGAUUCAACUCCUGUGAAUGCCACAGAUUCAACCCCUUUGAAUGCCACAGAUGCAACGCCUGUGAAUGCCACAGAUUCAACUCCUGUGAAUGCCACAGAUGCAACACCUGUGAAUGCCACAGAUCCAACCUCUGUGAAUUCCACGGAUCCAACACCUGUGAAUGCCACAGGUCCAACACCCGUGAAUUCCACAGAUCCAACACCUGUAAAUGCCACAGAUUCAACCCCUUUGAAUGCCACAGAUGCAACACCCAUGAAGGCCACAGAUCCAACACCUGUGAAUGCCACAGGUCCAACACCUGUGAAUGCCACAGAUUCAACACCUGCUAAUGCCACAGAUGCAACACCCGUGAAUGCCACAGAUGCAACACCUGUGAAUGCCACAGGUCCAACACCUGUGAAUGCCACAGAUCCACUACAAUUGAAUGCCACUGAUUCAACAUCAUCUCCAGACAAUGGUACAACAUCACCACCAAACACCGCUACAAUCCUUCCACCUGGCUCUGUCCUUGCCAAUCUCUCUGUUACUGUACUGGGUACAAAUGACAUGCCUGUAUCCAAUGCUAGACUGCUCUUUCGAUCGUUUGGUGGAAACAUUACUAAUGUGACCACUGAUGCAUCUGGUGCUGGAAGGUUUGAAGCAGUGAUACCGCAAGAUGGAAGGAUCGCUGUCGUUGCAAGUCAGUCUGGUUAUGCCAGUAAUGGUCUACAGUGGAGUCCCUUGGAUGACCAAAACAUCACUCUUCGACUUCUUCAACAUCAAACUGUCACUCCUGUCCAACUUGGGGAAUACUCUGUCUUUGAAGUGACUGAUAACAGUACGGGAGAGUACUAUGUUGCGUUUACCCGGGUCCAGAGCGAUCAACUCUCUUUGGAGAAUAUUACUAUAGCUGCAGCAUUGGUUGUUGGAGAGGGUUCAGAAGUGGUCCCCCACACGGUCAUCGUAGACGACAGUGGUGCCCUCCAGGACAUCCAGAGUCUUGUAGCAAUAGAGUUGACGGUGACCAAUUCAAACGGGGAGGAUGUCCAGGGAGUGGAAGACAUCACGUUCACGCUGCCGCUGGGAGCUUUUGACGAAUUAGAAGCGGGAGAGUCUCUGACAGCAUUCUUCUACAAUGAAGAAACUGGUUUUUGGGAGGAGUCUGGCAGUGGCACGAUUAUCGUGGAUGACCAGGGGAUGAGACAGUGGAUCUUCAUUGCACCCCACAUCACCUGGUGGAUAGCUGGAAGACGGGUGGAGCCACCGGUUACACCUGCCCCCUCUGCACCCACUAACACGGGGCCACUCGCCACAACAUCAGGUUACCUUGGCACAAUCCUUACCCAGACUCAGUUCUAUGUCGUCAUACUCCUCUGUGUUCUUCUUAUUCUUCUCAUGAUCUUGCUCAGUACGUGGCCUUGUUGCGAUUGCAGGAAGAAAGAAAAGCAGAGCAUCAAUUUUAAACCUCAGGAAAUGCAAGAGAGACGGAUCUCUGAGGCUGAAGACAACGAUUACCAGGAUUUCGCUUACUCGAACCCCAGUAUGGAAGUGGACGAGAUGGAUAGUAGUCCGUCCACCUCCAACCAGGACGUUGAGCGGGGCGUUGAAGCUGAAGAUGAAGCCGCUGAACUCCCGGGCAAGAUCGACGUUGUGAGCAUCAUUACUUAUGAGACAGAACCCCCAACAGACCCCAGUGAAGGAGAGGAAUUCACCACUUUCAAAGGAGCGGAUGAAACAGAAGAUGCAACGGGUGAAGACGAGACCUUUAUGGUUGACGAUAAGGGUGUCAACACAGUUAACGCACCGUCUCGAGAUUUGGUGUCUUCCUUUAAGCAACCCCAACUUGAAGAAACUCCUAAAAAAGUUCGUUUCAGCGAAGGUGAUGAGUGAUCGGUGAUCAUUUCAUAAUAUAUUUGUUAUACAUGUGGGUUAUCAUGUACACAUAUCAUACUCCAAAUAUUCUUUAACUAUUUCUUUUUGCUGUGGUAUCAUGUACAUGUCUAAACCAGACAGAACUUCAUUUGCUUUCUGCCAGUUUUUAGAGCUGAGAAAGAGGCCCUUUCAUCAUUGAGGGAACAUGUUUUAUUUCAUAUCGUAAGAUUGUUUCUAACUGUAUGUGGUUGAUAUUUUGCACUUUAUUUUCACCUUUUUCAUUAAGUCUAUUUGGAUGCAGUGUUGAUAUGAAAUGAAUUGAACAUUUGCUUAUCACACUUGCUGCAUUUCUAUAUAUAAACAUUUGGCUGUAUAUGGCUGUAUAUGAAGAAAAUGAUUUUGUAAUGGAGAUAGAUGUACAUGUGUCUAAAUAUCCAUGGCUUCUAACCCUUGUGUGUAUGAAAAUUAAGAAAGUAUCCACUUUUACACUUGUCCUCAUACUUGUUAACAAUUUCAGAACAAAUUAUUUUAUAGAUAAAUUGAUCACUUUUUCUUCAAAUUGGCAACAAUUGUAUUUUACUUUUAUUUCAACCUUGUUCUAAAAAUGACAGGAAUUUAAACCUUGAUACUGACAAGAGUUAUUUUGAGUCUCUCAGCAUGUUGCCAAUUUCAAAAGCUUAUUUUUACAUUUUAAAAUUCCAUUCAUAAAUUGCACUGUAGUACAUGUGGUGUUACCAACAUGGACACAGAUGUGUGUAUAUACCGGUACAAUUUUUCUCUAUCUGAAUCAAAAGCUAUUGAGCAAAACUAAUUAACAUAAAGCUUGUCCAAGUUUUUAUAUGGUGAGAAUAUAUUUUCUUAUCACAAUGUGGCAUCCUUCCCUCCUCCUCUCUUCCCCUCCUCCCCUCUUCCCCCUCCUCCCCCCUCCCCCCCCCCCCUCCUCCCCUUCUCUGAUCCCAUGCCAAAGGUGCUACAUGUAAUUGAAGUGUUGAAUGUGCAAUAUUGCUUGAAGAAAAAAAUUAUUUUAACAUGGGGUGAAAAAAGAAAUCAUCAAAUGUUUGCAAUUUGGGGAUUGCGAUUGCUGGUAUUCUAACAUUGAACAUGCUAUAUGCACCUAUAUAAUCAAAAGAUUGGAUGAUUACAUUGUGAUAUUCAUGAAAUGUAAACAUGUUUUUCGCUUUUUUAAAUUUACCAUAUAUUUUCAUUAUUUUGAAAGAUAAACAAUUUGUUUUCCUUCUCAGCAGGCUUUUCAUUCAAGUGCAUUUUUCAAACAAAAUUGGGUUCAGUGUAUAUUGGGGGAACAACGCUUCUGCCUGUACAGGUUUCUUUGUUUGAGACUGUAUUUCCUGAAAAAAGUAUAUAUUCUGGCAUGUUGUUAGAAAAUGGAAAUGGUAAAUCAAUCAUCAAACAUUACUACCUAAUAUGCAUUUUUGCAGUUCCUUUUUUCCUAUUUUCGUGCCACUACAUUUCACAAAUCUACCUUACCUUCCAAGAUAAGAAAUUUCACCUAAUAAUUGUAUUGUUUGUUGCCAAACUGAUUAGAAUGAGACCUUCAUUGUAUAUAUAGAGCAUAAUGAAUCAUGUUUCAAUUAAUGAUUAUGGGAUAGGUUCUGCUUAUUUAAUUGUGGUGGAAGUGGUAAGAGAAGUGGAUUAAGAUAGUCGGGUCAUGUAUUAAGAAGGAAAGAUGGUGAACAUGUGAAAAAAACAUGGGAUCUGGAAGUGGGUUUCAUAAGUGGGAAAAGAAGACCAAAUACUUCAUGGAAAGAAGCAAGGUGGGUCUAAAUGAAGAGGAUGCUCAAGACAAGAAGAAGUGGAGGGAGGGAGUGUCGUCAUGGUAUGGAAGUUAGUAACCCAUCGUAGCAGUGAAAUGUUGACUCUAAUAGAUGAUGAUGAUGAUAGCAUAUAUUUCUAUUCACUUAUUGGUAUGGACCAAGAAAACUGCAGAGACUGCACGAUGUAAAAAUUCAAAUAUUUCUGUUCUUACUUUGAAUUUGGAUUGCACCUGGCUUCUCAAACUAUCUCCUUGAUUUUAUAGCAAAAUUGUGUAAAUAGAAUGUAUACUGUAAGCAAACAACAGAGAUGUUUCUGAUAUCAAUGACAUACAUAUAUGUAUGAAGAAGUGUCGUAGUUGAGUGGUUUAAGCACUUGACUUGCAAUUCAAAGGUCGUGGUUCGAUCCCUGACACGGCACUAAUGU